AUGUCUGCCUUAACAAGAAAUUCAUCUAAUCCACCACCAUACUUCUAUGAUUUAAAUCCACAACAACAAAAGAAUUGGAUGAAAACUACUCGUCGAAUGGAAAAAAACGAAGAACUACGGGCAGAAUAUCCGCCUUUUCAAUCACCAUCAAAUUUUACAGUUAUUCAUCUUCAUCAUUAUUCAUCAAUCGAAACAAUAGAAGAAUUAAUAAUGAUGGCAAAAACAACAUAUAUAUAUACAAUCGACACAGAAUCACAAGUAAUAAACAAGGUAGCACAAGGUGCUCUUGUACAAAUUCAAUUUAUUCAUUCAAUUCACGAAUCAACAUUAAUAUUAAUUGAAAUGUUUUACUUACCAAAUCAAAAUUCAUUGUUAUUCAAGAAAAUUAAAGAACUUUGUGCAAUUAUAUUUCGUGAAGAAAAUAAAAAAAUUACCUGGGGACCAUUCGACAAUGAAUUUAAAAAUUUUCAUUCAUAUGAAUUAUUUGAAAAAGGUAAGAUUAAAAAUACAAUAAAUUUACAGGAUCGUUUUAGUGAUUGGUACAACAAACCUCCAACUAACACGCAUCCUGCAAAGGAAAGUCGUGAGGAGCAAACCACCUGGUCCUUACAAGAUGCAGUUAGAAUAGCUUUUCAACAAUUCCUGGACAAGAACGAAACAGUUAACAAAUGGCGUUGUGGUUUAGACUUUAAACUCAAUACAUGGAAGAAAAAAUUAUUUAGUAAAAAUCAUUACAAUGCAAAUGAAGAACAAGAAAAACGUAUGUUAAUGAUAAAAUAUGCUGUUGCUGAUUGCACCGCCGUCACAAAACUUUAUUUUAUGAUAUAUCCAUCAAAUUCAACCAUUCAAACAACUUAUGAAACACCACCAACAGCAUCAACAAACAUUACAUUAAAUAUUGAUGAUUUAUCCGACAUUAGUGAAGAAGAAGAAGAACCUCAAAUAUUAAUGCCAUAUUUUGUUAAACCACCUCAAAUACUAAUACCAAAAUUCGGCGAACAAAAUUAUUUAACAAUUGAAACAACUGAAGAAGAAAUGAACGAAUUUAAUGUGCAAAAACAACAACAAGCACAAGAAAAAGCAACAACAACAACAAAAUUAUCAAAAUCUGAAAGACAACGAAAGAAAAACCUCAAGGCUCAACUGAAGGACGAUGAUAUUUAUACAAGCCAUCAAUUAACAAUCAAUCGACAUAAAAAAGAAGUAUUAAUUGGUUUUAAAUCUGAAACUGAACAAGAACAAGCAAGAAUAAAAAUGCCAAUUAAUUAUUUCUCCAGAAAACAAUAUGAACAACGUUGGGCUGGUCAUGGAAAUAACAAAUUCAAUUUACAUGAAUUUCGACAUAUUAUAACAAGUACAUAUGAAUAUCCUGUUGUUACAAAUAUUCUUGAAUAUUUACGAAUAUUUGAAUGUUACAUAGAAUUCGCUCAACAUCAAACAUGUAUUAAACAACUUGGUGAAGAUUUAUCAAUAAUACAUUCAAUUGAUUUACAUUCAACAUCUAAUUUAUCAUUUGUUAUUAAAUAUGCACAAUAUAUAUUUCGUUUUGCUAUAGCUAUAUGUCAAACAUUAUGA